AUGCUCUUAUUUACAAAUAGAAGAUUAUGGAGAUUCGCUACUCAGAAAAUUUAUAAGGAUUCCACUAAAUUAUCGGAAGAGGAAAUAUCGAAAAUACUUUUUAAAGAUGAAGAGCCUACUACAAACAACACCUAAUAGAAUCUGAAUAAUGAAGUUACAAUCGACACCUUGUAUGAGAAAUCCAAUAUCAAUGAACUAUUGGACAUCAUUCAAAGAAAGGCCCAAUAAGAAAUCACUCCGAAAGAAGAACCGAAACAACCCACUAGAUAAGAUUUGCCAUUAAAAUAUGGGUUACCUAUUAAAAAUGUGGGUUUGGAUCUCACAGUGGAGAAAGUGGAACCUCCCAAGACAGUGACAAUGAAGAUGUUUGAUAUUCUGAAAUUGAAUGAGCAUACUUCUUAUCAAGAGUACGAAAAUGCAAUAUAACAAUUUAAAGAAGGCUUGUAUGGAAAUGCAGUAAGACCUUUUUAUGAAGUGAGAAACGAGAUGAAAGAAACAUUAAAAGAAGAUGCUAUACCCUAUGCCUUAUUGAAUAACAAUAAAUACAUGGAAGAAAUUAGAGAAAACAGAGCACUCAAUAUCUCAAUACCUGGCACAAUCGAAAACGAACAUGCUCACAGAUUCUUGAAGCUUAGACCUGUUGAAGAAUUCAGACAUACUCCAUUGAUUCCUAUAUCUGAUAGACAAAUGAGGGAAUACCAAGAGAAGGUUGAAGCAUAUCACAGGAAAGGAGUGUAUUUGGAAGUGUCAAGAGAAUAGCUUUAUUUUGCUUCAUUCGUCGCAGGAAUUUUGUAUAUUAUGUUUAGAAUGUUUCAAUGGGUUCUUAAGAAGGAGGAAGAAUAAGGUUUGCAAUUUUAGAGACUCAAAUUAAGGAGAAUGGGAAUGGCUUAUGAGGUUGUUUGAUAUAUAAAUUAUAAUUAGUAAUUUCUU